AUGGAAAACAACAAUCGACUCCGCCAGCCAUCCUCAUUCCCACUGCUCAUCAUCAUCGGACUGCUCUUCUACUUCUUCUCAAACUCAUCCAACUCAAACCAGUCCCAGUCGAAGAUCGAGCUCGAACGACGACUCGAACAACGCAAACAGGAACUCAGCCAACUCCAGCACUACCUCAACACCACCACCACCACCACCACCACCACCACCAACAGCAGCCACACCUACAGCCCCGGCUUCAACAGCUUCGGAAACCAAUCCCUGUCCAACGCACAGCAGUUUAUCCAGCACUGGUACCAAAAACUGCAUGCUCGCUCGAACAUCGACAGCCAAGCCCUCUACUGGAAAAACAUCUCCGGCCACAGCAAGGGGCACUGGAGCUGGCGCAAGGAGAGUCUCGACUGGUGGCCACCAGAACAUCAUCACCACCCCAACAACAACCUCACCAACUCAUCCGCCGCCGAAUCACUCCAAGCGCAGCGGGCUAACUUCCCAUGGACCGCCUACAAUCAGUCCAGCAAAUCGACCUACACACCCUCACAGAAGAUCGACUUCAACCUACGUGAAGCGGCUCCUGAACUCGUCCGAGCGAAUACCUCACUCGUCCGCGGGUCGAUGUAUAUCUCAUCUGGCGACUCCAAGGACGUCAUCCUAGAAGUCGAAGGCAUCCACUUACAAAACGAAGGAAAGUUCUAUCUGCGAGCCUAUCCCAGUCGGAUCUAUCUAGACACCCGGAUCCAUCUCUCAUCAGCCCUGGAUAUCCCCGCCGAAUACCUGCUCAACCACUCCCUAUCCCACCCGCCAUCCCCGGAACAGACCCAGAUCGGCCAAGCUAUCGUCGCUGAUUACACACAUUGGAUCGAGAAAAUCAAGAAAAUUCUCAAAAAGGGCGACCUGCCUCGAGAUAAUGUAGAGAGAGAUGGAUUUGAGCAUGAUUCGCCCAACUGCACUUUCCUGAUCUAUGGAGGCCUCACCCCGCUGUCGACAACGAACACGCAGACAGCGGAGAGUCUGAUGGAGUACGAGCGCUCGUUGGUCGAGCCCACAGGCGCCUCGCUCGCCGCCCCCUCGCCCGCCCAUCCGAUCUUCCAGGCCCUCAUGGUCUCGCCCAACUGCGGCCUUGUCCUCGAGUCCGGCGAGAUGGCCGUCCUCCUCGGACCUUCCUUCUGGACUAAAGCGCGCAACUACGGCUGGGUCGCCGGGCUCGUCUUGGGGCUCCAGUGUUGGCUGCUCGUGUGGCAGAUGGACAGUCGCCAGAGUCCCUCGAGUUUAUCACGCAUGUCGUACUUCUCCCUCGUCGCACAAAUCAUCAUGGAUGCCUGGACCUUCUCGAGCCAUCUGACCUUGGCCGUGGUGACAAACAACAGCUCGACGGAGAGCCUGCUAGUGCCGGCCUUCUUUGCCUGUCUGAAUGCGAUCCUGUUCGGCAUGCGCUACGGUGCCCUGAUCCGCAUCCACGAGCCCUCCCCCGCCCUCGACCCCGCCGCCCGCGCCCAGCCUCCUCCCCCAGAAGACUCGCACAUCGGCCGCGAUACCGAUUACGUGCAGGUGCCUGCUACCGACCUCGUCGAUCCCUCGGCCCCUCUACAACUCACUAACCCUCCCCGCCAAUCCCGCUUCCGGAGCCUACUCAACUCCCUCAAGACCUUGCUCACUCAUCGUCCAUUUGUCUCCAUCUCCCUCGUCGCCAUCUUCCUCCUCGUCGCCCCCUUCUUAUUAUACAGCUGGCAGCCAUUGGUGCUCUCGAUCCUAUUCUCGUAUUGGAUUCCCCAAAUCGUUCAUAACGUCCAGCACGGAACAAGUCGCCGAGGGUUACGCAAACGAUACGUCCUGGGAACUACCCUGUGUAGACUAUUCUUGCCGCUCUAUAUUUGGGGCUGUCCCAAUAAUGUGCUCUUUGUUACUGUAAACCCAUGGAUCUGGCUGAUCGGCUUGUACUCAAUAAGCCAAGCGAUCGUACUGAUCCUGCAAGACUAUCUGGGGGCGCGUUUUUUUGUGCUCGGGUGCUGUUUCGCGUACGAGCCGAUGUGGGAUUACCACCCGGUCAAGCUGCCCACGCAUGUCGAUCUGGAGCAUGGAGGCACAACGGGUGGUGCAGGGGGCGAGAAGAUGCCGGAAUGUGUGAUCUGCUUCGAGCCCAUCGACGUCCUGCCCUCCUCGCCCGUCUCCUCGCCCGACGCUUCCCUCGACCACCAUCACCAUCAGCACUCGCAGGCUCGGGGUUCGUCGACGGAUGAACACGAGCAUCCCAGGCCCAGGACCUCCUUCCCCUUCGCCCCCUCCUCCGACGUCCACCAUUCGCUCUUCUCUAGAUGGUCUUACAUGGUGCCGCCCUGCCACCAUAUCGCUCAUACUAAAUGUCUCGAAAGCUGGCUCGCUAUCAAAUCUGAAUGCCCCGUUUGUCGGCGCCCUCUACCUCCCAUCUGA